AUGGAAUUAUAAAAGGAGGACAUAUUAAAAUAUAUGAAAUUAGCUUUAGAAUAGGCAGAAAUAGGAAGAUAGAAUAAAGAGGUUCCAGUUGGAUGCGUAAUAGUAAAUAGAAACAAUGGUGAAAUUAUUGAAAAAGCUCAUAACAAUACUAAUAUGUCUAAAAAUGCAACUUAACAUUGCGAAAUAGUUAGUAUAAAUAGAAUGAGUAGAGAUUUGGAGGAUUGCAUUUUAUUUGUAACUUGUGAACCAUGUAUAAUGUGUGGAUAGGCAUUGAAUUAUGUAAAGAUCCAUAGUGUGUAUUAUGGAUGCAAGAAUUCUCGAUUUGGAGGAAAUGGAACAGUUUUAUCUUUGAAUAAAUAUCCUAGUUUUGGAGGAUAUUUAGAAUAUGAUUGCAUGAAGAUUUUGUAAGAUUUUUAUGAAGAUGGCAAUGAAAACAUUGAAGAGUAAUUUAGACACAGAAAAAAAUAAAAAUAAUGA